GUGUAAAAAGCAGAUACAGUUUAUACAACCAAUAUUCAGCUAAGGUUUUCGCGCAUUAGUGAACAGGGACUUUUAUUUUUGAAGGAUCUAGUAAAUUGAAAACGGAAGCUUAUGAUUUGUGGUAGCAUUCGCUUUACUACCAUCCAUAGGAUUACCUGUUAGCCGUUAAGAAAUCUGACGCUUGCACUAAAUAUAUCCUCGCUGCAUAUCGAGGGCAAAUUGUACCACUCUGUCACUGAAAUAAAUAAGUACUUGAAAGUUUAGUUGAAAUGGAAGGACAGCGCUGGUUACCUCUGGAGGCUAAUCCAGAAGUAUGUAAGCUUUUCCUUUCAUUCAGUUUGGGCUUAGUACCUAGCUGGCAGUUUGGAGACGUGUAUGGCUUGGACCCAGAGCUCCUAACGUUGGUGUCAAGGCCUGUAUGUGCCGUCCUGCUCCUCUUCCCUGUCACGGAAAAGUAUGAAACAUUUAGACAGGAGGAGGAAGCAAAAAUUAAGGCACAGGGACAGGAGGUGUCAUCAGACGUGUACUUCAUGAAACAAACUAUCGGAAACGCAUGUGGCACAAUAGGGCUGAUUCAUGCCGUAGCGAAUAACCAAACACACCUUGAAUUUGAGACUGACUCACCACUGAAGGUGUUUAUUAUGCAGUCCUCUAAGAUGAGCCCCGAGGAGAAAGCAGCCUUCCUAGAAAAAGAUGAGAGUAUCCGUGUAACACAUGAGUCAAGUGCUCAGGAGGGACAGACAGAGGCUCCAAGUGUCGAUGAAAAGGUGGAUUUGCAUUUUAUUGCCUUUGUGAAUGUUGGAGGACAUUUAUAUGAGUUGGAUGGCCGGAAACCUUUUCCAAUAGCUCAUGGGAAAACCACAGAGGGCAGCUUCCUUGAGGAUGCUGCAGAGGUCUGUAAGAAAUUCAUGGCACGUGAUCCUCAAGAGCUCCGCUUCACUGUUGUGGCUCUCUCCAAAGCAUAAAACACUCUGCUGCAUUCUGUUUACUCAAGAAGAAACUGCCAGCCAUUCGCAAGUGUUCGACUGUUUGCAUUCUUACUUGGCGGAUUACACCUUUGAUAAAAUGAUGUGCUAAUAUUUUGCUGCAUAUUUUUUUUGACCUGAUGUGUCAUUAAGAAACACAAAAAGGAAUUGAAUGUGUCCAUGUAUGCAUUUAUAGUCUUUUUUUUAAAUGAUGUUCAAUUACUACAUGACGUUAUAACUAUGCCCUUUCUGCUGUGUCCUACAUACUGACACAUCUAAAUUAAAUUAGACUUGAAUUAAGUAGUGGUUUCUGUAAACUGCAAAAGAAUGAAUCCUGUGUGUAAAACAUUCUCCAGAGAUAUUCUCUUUCCUGAUGCACAGAAUUACAUUAAAGGUUAAGCUCUUUGUAAA